GGGUUCUCCUGCCGGAAGCGGAAGUAGCCCGGCGGGGCGGCUCGGCAGUGUCGCCGCCGCGGAGCUCCGUGAGUAUCGGGAAACAUGCAACAUGGCAGCAGCCAUGGAAACUGAACAGCCGGGCCUUGAAAUCUUUGAAACUGCAGGCCCUGAGGAGCAGGUCCAGAGAGAGGAGCAGCCAAAACUGGAACCUUUCUACGUAGAGAGACAUUCCUGGAGCCAGCUUCGGAAACUGCUCACGGAUACACGGAAGUAUCAUGGGUACAUGAUGGCAAAAGCUCCUCAUGACUUCACGUUUGUCAAGAAAAAUGAUCCUGAAGGACCUCAUUCUGAUAGGAUCUACUACCUGGCAAUGUCUGGGGAGAACAGGGAGAACACGCUCUUCUACUCUGAAAUUCCCAAAACCAUCAACAAAGCUGCCGUCCUGCUGCUUUCCUGGAAGCCUCUUCUGGAUCUUUUUCCGGCUGUCCUGGACUAUGGGAUGUAUUCCCGGGAAGAGGAGCUGUUACGGGAGAGGAAGAGAAUUGGCACCAUUGGGAUUGCCUCCUACGAUUACCACCGAGAAAGUGGCACCUUCCUGUUUCAGGCUGGCAGUGGAAUUUACCACGUAAAAGAUGGAGGCCCUCAUGGGUUCACUCAACAACCUUUAAGACCUAUUCUGGUAGAGACCAGUUGUCCAAACAUCCGGAUGGAUCCCAAGCUUUGUCCAGCUGAUCCAAAUUGGAUUGCAUUUAUCCACAGCAAUGACAUCUGGAUAGCUAAUAUAGAAACCAGAGAAGAAAGGAGGCUAACAUUUGUGCACAAUGAACUUGCUAAUGUUGAGGAGGAUCCAAAAUCUGCUGGCGUGGCUACUUUUGUGUUGCAGGAGGAGUUUGACAGGUACACUGGCUACUGGUGGAGCCCAAAGGCACAGCCAACACUCAAUGGGGGUAAAGUUCUUCGAAUUCUUUAUGAAGAAAAUGAUGAGUCAGAGGUGGAAAUUAUUCAUGUCACAUCACCCAUGCUGGAGACAAGAAGAACAGAUUCCUUCCGGUACCCCAAAACUGGUACAGCAAAUCCCAAGGUCACUUUCAAGAUAUGUGAAGUGACAAUCAAUGCAGAAGGCAGAAUUGCAGAUGUUGUGGAUAAAGAGCUAGUUCAGCCGUUCGAGAUCCUCUUUGAAGGAGUAGAGUACAUUGCUAGAGCUGGGUGGACGCCAGAAGGAAAAUACAUCUGGUCCAUCCUCCUGGAUCGCUCCCAAACUCGACUGCAGAUAGUCCUGAUCCCUCCUGCAUUAUUCAUCCCUACAGAAGAUGAUGCAAUGGAAAGACAGAAACUUAUCGAUGCUGUACCAGAUUCUGUUACACCUUUCAUUAUUUAUGAAGAAACAACAGACAUCUGGAUAAAUAUCCAUGAUAUCUUCUAUGUUUUCCCUCAAACCCAUGAGGAUGAGAUAGAGUUCAUUUUUGCCUCUGAGUGUAAAACGGGAUUCCGGCACCUCUACAAAGUCACCUCGGUUUUGAAGGAGAGCAAGUAUAAAAGGUCAUGUGGAGGCCUUCCUGCUCCAAGUGACUUCAAGUGCCCCAUCAAAGAGGAGAUAGCAAUUACCAGUGGAGAAUGGGAAGUGCUUGGCAGGCAUGGAUCCAAUAUCUAUGUUGAUGAAGCCAAAAAGCUGGUGUACUUUCAAGGCACAAAAGACUCACCUUUAGAGCAUCACUUGUAUGUUGUGAGCUAUGAGAACCCUGGAGAAGUGAAGAGGCUGACAGAACGGGGAUACUCACACGCUUGCUGUGUCAGCCAGGACUGUGACAUGUUCAUCAGCAAGUACAGUAACCAGAAGAACCCUCACUGUGUGUCACUUUACCGGCUGACAGGACCUGAAGAUGAUGCAGCUUACAGGACAAAGGAAUUCUGGGCUACCAUUUUAGAUUCAGCAGGUCCUCUUCCUGACUACAUUCCCCCAGAAGUGUUCUCCUUCGAGAGCUCCACGGGGUUCACACUCUAUGGCAUGAUGUACAAACCUCACAAUCUGCAGCCUGGAAAGAAGUACCCCACUGUGCUCUUCAUCUAUGGAGGUCCUCAGGUACAGUUGGUGAACAAUCGGUUUAAAGGAAUCAAGUAUUUCCGUUUGAACACUUUGGCCUCUUUAGGCUAUGUUGUUGUUGUCAUUGACAACAGGGGCUCCUGCCACCGAGGGCUGAAGUUUGAAGGAGCCUUUAAAUACAAAAUGGGACAAAUAGAAAUUGAUGACCAAGUGGAAGGGCUGCAGUAUUUAGCAUCCCAGUAUGACUUCAUUGAUUUGGACCGUGUUGGCAUUCAUGGCUGGUCCUAUGGAGGCUACCUCUCCCUUAUGGCUUUAAUGCAGAGGUCAGAUAUCUUCAGGGUUGCCAUUGCCGGAGCACCCGUCACGCUGUGGAUUUUCUAUGACACUGGUUACACAGAGAGAUACAUGGGCCACCCCGACCACAACGAGCAGGGCUACUACCUAGGUUCAGUGGCCAUGCAAGCUGAGAAGUUUCCUUCUGAACCUAAUCGUUUGCUGCUGCUACACGGGUUCUUGGAUGAGAAUGUCCACUUUGCACACACUAGUAUUUUGCUCAGCUUUUUAGUGAGAGCUGGGAAACCCUAUGACUUACAGAUCUAUCCUCAGGAAAGACACAGUAUAAGGGUACCUGAGUCAGGAGAGCACUAUGAACUCCAUCUACUAUAUUACCUGCAAGAGAACCUGGGCUCUCGUAUUGCUGCCCUGAAGGCAAUGUGACUGACCUCUGCAGAACUCUGCUCCACUGGCUGCUUUCCCAAACGAGGAGAUGUAGGAAACAGGGGAAAAUAGGAUGGAACAUUGCAUUUUGGUGCCUGCCACACAUACACACAUGUACACACACACACAGAGACACAGACACAGACACUUUUUUAAUAGUAAAUUUGGUGCCAUACAGGAAAUUAGAAUAUGGUGACCUAAUAACUUUAGAGCUUAAGAUGUAAAUAAAAUCCAAUGUCUGUGGUAUAACGCAGUACCAUGGGUAUUCUCUUGGGGGAGGAGCUGAAACUGAAAAUAAUGUACUUCUACAGCACCAGAUCUUCACUUUUUAAAAGCAUUAUGGCAUAAUUGAUGUAUUUUUACAGUGUGUUCCUUGGUAUCUUCUUACAUAGUACUGGGUGAUCUACUCACUACACGGCAAGAGUCCACCUAAAUGGUUUCAACUUGUAUUACAUUUUAAAUGCUAUCAUAUAGCUUUUAUGCUUUAGGAAAGGGAUGUGUCUCACUCCUUAGAAACUGGUCACAAGUUAGACACUUCACCUAACCCAGGUGUUAAUUUCUUUUUAAGAAGACAAGGCUUUUAAGCUGCCACUUUAAGACUGUAAAUUUUUCAUUCAGUUCAGCUGAUGUGAGGUUCUUUUCAGUGUUUUCUUCUCUCCCCAGGGUAAAUCAUAAAUCUUCCUUCAGCAGCUUGAGAUCCUAUCCUGAUUGUACUUGAUUUCAGUGGGAAGUGAAAUGAUACUUUACUGUGACAUGGGCAUAACAGUCUUUUAUUCUGAGGUGCAAACUAUCUUAAGUCAAAGAGCUGAAUCUCUUUAUACUUUAAAACAAGCUUAAAAGUGCAGCCCAUUUCUCCUUGACAUUCUUCCUUGCUGUUCAUUCUGGAGCUAGUUUUGUAAUACUGAUUUCUUCUCAUCACAUCAGCAUGGUAGAGAUUUAUGCAUCCUGUUACAAUUUAAAAAUGCAAUACUCUUAAUUCAAAGGUCUACAGAUAAUUUGGUGAGGAGAGACCUUAUGAAUACUACAUGUGAGGCAGUAGGAAUUGUUGCAUUGAAUUUCCUGCUUUAUUGGAGGGACAGUUUUCCAGACUCUUAUUCUGUUCAGUCCUCCAUUUCGGGGCCCAUUCAAGCACUGCUGUGUAGCAUGAUCAUGAUGCUAUAUCUGAGAACCCCCCCCCUUCUGUAUAGCUUAAAGUAACCCUGCUAAGCCUAAAGGAUAUACAAUCCCAGUUGUGUUUUUGCUGGUGAGGUUUUAACUAAGCAGCAGGCUUGGCUGAAAAGCAUGGUAAGUGUGUGAAGUUACUUUUAACUUGCAACAGGUCGUUUAAGAUAGAAACCCAUAGCAAAAUGAUUCUCUUUAAUCCAGGAAAUUCUCCCCUUGGGGCUUGCCUCCGAAGCUCCUAUAAGUUUUAAUGGUUUUCUUAGAAACCUAAGAACUUCCUUUUGUUUCUGUUUCGGUGCUAGAGAGAAGCAGAGCAUGAUUUUCUUUUCAUCUUCUAAAAAUCUGGAAUCACUCUCAGUGUUUUUGCUCGUAGUAACUCCACAUGUUGUAACCUUGUAUUUUCCGCGCUUUUGUACUGUUCAGCUUGAUCCUGAAACUUCAGGGUUUAACCCAAUCUGGCUGUUUUGUAUCAAGCAGCAUCAUUUUUCAGUUAAGCUGCUGGCUGUGUGCACCAAGGCUGUCAGUACUGGUGCAGUUACAUGGUUGUAAAAUUCAUGUGGGAGAACUGGAUCUGUUUUUUUGGUUACACAAAAGAUAGCCAAAGCAAACAGGCCUGCAGGUUUCCUCUGAGGCAGAGAUGUAUGGUUUGGGCUGUUUUCUGGUUUUCAGAUCCCAGUGAUUAUAAGCAGAUCAGUUAAAAUACCAAUAAGAGGUUAAUAACAGGCUUAAAGUUUUAUUUUGGGAAGGAAUCCAACUCCUGUGAUGUCUUCUCCUAGUAGUUAGUUGUGAUGGAGACAGAUAGGUGUGCAGAUGCAUUUGAACUAGAACAACACAGCAGUGAGUAGAGACAAGUAUAAGCUGGUAGUAUGGAAUUCCAUUGUGUUCCUGAUGUGUUGGUGCUGUAUUAUAUAUACAUAUAUCUAUAUCUGUUCAUAUAUACAUAUAUGUAUAAAAUUACACGUGGAUAGUAUCACCUUUUCUGGGGUUGUUUAUAUUUUGUUCACUAUUAAAUUAAAUUGCUUUCUGGGGUGGUUUUGUUCUUUUUCUAGAGGUGAUUAACCUUGAAUGUAAAUGUAUAUGAUUUUUAAGAUGAAAUUGAUGCUUUUGUUUAAAAAACACAACAAAACAAGAAAUGGCCUUCAUCAAAGAGUGCUUUUUUUGGGGAACUGAAAAACUAAAUAUUAUGCAAGUAAACCAGGCUAGGUUUUGAUUUAGCACAGGGUGUGAUUAUAAGUGCUGACAUACAACUUUUUAAUAAUGCAUCCCUCCAUUGUUUUAAAUAUAUAUAUUGAAAAGCUAUUAAAGUAAAACAUACUGUAAGUACUCUAUUUUGCAACGUAAAUUAUGUAUUUCUUUCCUACAAUAUUUUUUUUUUCUUUUUGCAGUAGCUAAGCACUUUAAGACCUCAUGCUCUUAUCCUGUGGAAAUGCUGGGAGGAUUUAUCAUCAGAGUUUUGUAGUUCUUGCAAAAGACACCUGCUUGUAGGUGAAGGUGUGAGAGAUGCCUUUUAUGAGGUCUGAUCCAGCCCUACACAGUCAACAGCUAAAUUCCCAGUGAAAAGGGAAGAAGGGCAAAGCCCAUUGCAAUCAAGACUGCAGAGGUAGGAAGGUGUCAGUGCUGAGAACCAUUGUGUCAGUAUUUUGGGGAGGAAUAGUACAAAGUCUUGGUGUGGCAGUAGACCAGAGCUGGCACAGAGAGUGCUGGUUUUGCUCUGCUCUGUGCUGCUGGAGUUGGCUGCUCCAGAACAUCCUUGCUCUUUGUAGUCCAGGAGAUGAUGUUGUCACUUGAGAAGAGGCUUCCAGCCUGUUUUAUAUUUGGGAUUAUCCUUUGUCACUUCUUGCAUGUUAAAAAGUGUCUUUGGUUAGUCUGGGUUUUCAGCAGAACUAGUGAGAUCCUGGGGGAACACGUGCAAGGAAGGUUGUGGAGCAAAAACGUGUGAGGAGGUACUGUCCCUGUUGCUCCCAAAACAGAUGUUGGUGUGUCCCCUUGGGGGAUAUUCUGCCUUCUGCAGAGAUCUGAUCUGUGCCCAGCAGGAUUGAGCCUUCAUUGCACAGUGGAAAUGAGUUGCACAGGUAUCUUUGAGAUGAAUGUUUUCAUUUCAUAUAUUUAAAAAUAUAUGAAAUAUGGGGAUCUGAGUGAUGAGAUACUGAAGUUUGUUGAGUGUUGAUGCCAGAAGUUUGUGGUGUUUGGGGUUGGUGGUGUUGGUUCUGGGGGAAGCACGUUCUUUCAGCCCAUUUUAAGGCAGCUUCCAGUGAUUCCUCUUGAGCAUGCAAUAUACAGAGCUGUUGGGCUUCACAUUGGAGCUGCACCCCUUGCCCUACCCCUUUGUUUUCAAUUAUCUCUAUUCAGAACAAAGCAGAAUUAGUAGCUAUCCAGAACUGCUUUGUUUUUAUAAACUCAGUUAACUUGUUAACAAAAUAAUGAGUUCAAAGCUCCAAGUAAAGCUUUGAAAAAUCAGCUGACUUCAUUGUAUUAGAAUGGAAAAUGCAUUCCCUACUUAAGUAAUGGCAUUUGGGAAUAAGCUAUGAAGUACUUUCUGAGCAGGAUGGUGCAGUCACACUUUAACCCUGCAGCACCCAACCUCUGAGCCUGUGGGACAAAUUGUGGAGAAUUCACCAACUCUGAGCCAGGGGGGGUCCCAACCCUUAUUUCCUCCCAGGAGAAGGGAGUUUUCUUUCUGCUGUGUGUGUCUGUGUGUGAGGCAGGCUAUUUUGGUGCUGGCAUGAUGCUCAACUUUUGACAAGGCAAUAAUAAAGUACAAAUAAAUAAUCAGCCAGAUUAGGACACUGCCUUGAAUUGCCUGUUUACUUGAGUACCAGAACUCUGUAAAGACCUUUCUGGGUGCCCCUUAUGGUUCUUGAGAAGGGGAAGAGAGAUCUUUGUGUGGUUUUUACUUGGAUGUUCUGCACAGCAGAAGUUCAGGUGGUUAAUUUUAGAACAUGAAGUGCCUGCUGUUUGUGUUAACAAAAUUGCAUGUCUCACUCCAGUGGGUUUAUUGGUCUCCCUCCCUCCCCCACCUUUCUAGCUACAUGGCUUUUAAUCAUGUAAAGUGGAGACAUUAGUUUUGCUGCGUUUUAUUACGAAACCUUUGUUGCAAUAAAGAUGCUGCUAAAUAAAUUGAAUUAAAUGGUUCUCCCCCCCUUA